AGAGCAAAAGUCGAAUAAUGACGCCUGGGAAAUGACGAUACGUCGUAGAAGACGCGAGCGCUUCACGUACACUUCGUUUGCAGGCCGCCUUCACCACAGUUACCGGGAAUACUACGUCGGAAAAAGGCGCAGGAGCACACUCGGUUCGAAUCAACCGGAAGUAGGCAACGCUCGCGUCGCCAUGCGUUGUGCGAAGACGGCGGGACAAAGCCAUGGCUGCACGGAAUAUGAGUUGACGGGGAACGCCGCGGCCUUAAAGGACGGGUAAUGUGCAAAGCCCUAUUCGCUGACAUCAAGUUCAGGAUGCCAGAAAGAGAGAGAGAGAAAAAGAAAAACAUGGAGAGAAAAUAAAGCCGGUCGACGUUCCUGCACAGCCAGAAUGAGCAGUGGCGGGGAGCAGAACGUGGCCUUGGGCGACGCGCAUUAUUUACAAACAGCCUGCCCCAGAGCAGUCGCUAACGGAUCGUCCCUCCGGCGGCGGCCAAGGUGGCAUCCGGCCAGCCUGGGGCUCGAGAUCAACUGCCCGCGACAGUGUUGCGGCGAUACUCGCACUACUUGCGCCAUCUUAACCGCUGGACCAAGCCGGUCGGUGCCUGCGACCGCGCGGGCGGCCGGUCAGGGCCCGAAGCCUCCGUGCGCGGCCUGCGGCCGUCCAGCGAGCCGACCGCUGGGCCAGGACCUUUACUGUGCCGCAUGCUACAACGAGGUACUGGUGCUGUCGCCGGGCCUGGCGCCCUCAAGGUGCUCCCCGGCGCCCAGCACGUGCUCGUCGGGUUCGUGGAGCCUAGUUACGGCGUGCACGCCCACCCAAGCUGGCCCCAGCCCGCGCAGCUCCGGCCUCGGCUACGGCGGCGGAGAGGUCUGCGCACGUUGCCGCGACGUCGUCUACUUCGCCGAGAGGCAGGUCGGCACCGCCGGGCGCGUGUACCACGUGCGCUGCUUCCGAUGCCGUGCGUGCGAGCAGCGGCUGGCCUCGGGCUCCUACCGAUCGGAUGGCGGAGAGCUCUACUGCGAGCCCUGCCACCGACGGCACCUGGGACCCAGGGGCUACGGCUACGGGCUCGGCUCAGCGCUGCGAUGCUUUCCGGGACGCCUCUGAAGACGCCGUGAAGGGAAGCAGCAACCUCAAGGCCCUGUCGUCCAGAUCACACCGACACCCAGAGCUUGAAAAACUGAAACAACAAAAAGAAAGGCGGGGUUUGUGUGAGGUUACAUAAAUGGUACACAAAAUUUUUUUUUUGCUCCCCUAAGAAUGUGUAGUGUGUGUAAAUUUGUGUGCUGUUUUAGAGACCCCAAGGGCAUUUGAUUUUUAGCAGCUACAUCCUUUAGCCACACAGUUUAAUAUUAUAUCUACCUGCAGUGCCCCGCAUGGUCCAAUUCAAUGUUAACGUGCUGGAAUACAUACAGCAUGUUAACUCAACACUGGCAACAACACCUGUAGGCUGCUUGUGCUCAGUGCCUGGAAAUGCAGCCCAUGCCACAGAGCUGACAUAUGGGCAGAUUUACAAACUUCUACUGCGUCAGUGCACUUCCUUAUUGGUUGAUGCUGGCAGUUACCCGGGUGUCCACCACUCCUAACAACAAUAAUAAUCAGACUAUCAAUGUGGCAGUGGUCCCGAGUUGUGGACUGCACUUACACAAGAGAAGUCUUGUGAACACACGCCCUGAUUUUAAGUCAGCACUUUGUCUUUUGCAUUUGUGCUGCUAUUUGCACAUAAUUUGCCGAAGCUAUUAAAUUUUGUAAAAUUAUUGUAAUGCUUUAUGAGCCUCAAAACAUGCAUUAAAAAAGGCUGCUAGCUUUUCCGCUACUUCAUUUCUCAUAAAGAGGUGCCCAGACAGAGGUAAGGUGUUAAGUGGAUGACAAGGCAAUGGUGGAAUGUGGUGUUGCAUCCUGAUGUGCCAGAGCUGUUACCAGCUUAUCAGUAGGCUAGCUAAAGGAAAACACAAAUGAGCUGGCUGGCAUUUACAAUCAACUAAAUUGAAGCCUCAUACUUUUGAAUGGACAAAUAUCAGACGGAACCACACAAUUGAAGGUUGAUGUCUUGAACUACAAGCCCAUUGCCAGAAGUUUAGAUAUUGAGCUAAUCUUGAAAUGACAAGAGAACAACUGAGACA